UCAACGACAGACACCAGGCAUGGCACACUUUUGCGGAUUCAUCAAAUUUAUAUUUUUACUUUUGAUGCUGACUCGAAUAUUGCCCACAGGUGACAGUAGACCUCUAAAUAGUAAAAGUAGUAGUACAUCAUCAAGCGAUCUCAUUGCGGGCAAUGAGUUCUUGAAAUUAUUUAUGGGUCAGGAUGAACUUGAACGUGAAUAUCGGGCGAGAAACGUGGCAGAUGUUGGCGAUUAUAAAGAAAGCGAAGAAUUUGACAAAAAAUCCGCCGAGACGGGGAGACAGCGUGAGGCCAGUAGUCGUUCUUUAAAAAUCCAGGGACCCAAAAUAAAUCAUGCCGAGGGUCAAGUGGAAAAUAGCAAGGCAGCCAACUCAGGUAAUAGUCGAAUUUCAUUUCUAGAGGAUUAUGAUGAAAAUGAUGCCAUACUCGAUGCCGAGGCCAGAGAUAUUGAUUUGAAAAAGGAAACAACAACAACAACAAAGGCCAAAAAAGAUGACUACAAAAUAUUGUCGAUAAGUGUCUAUUCGUCAACAUCGGCCCAUGUGGGUUUACCCGCCGUCUCCACCUCUUCCUCUAGUCAACGAGGUUCAAUGACAGGGAAAAAUCGCUUGACCACAACAACAUCAAAAUAUGACAACAAAUCGUAUACAACAACCCAACAGUCAGUCGUGACAAUGACACCACGGCCACCAACAGCGACCACAUAUAGACCGGCAACAACAACCAGCACUACGACAACAACGCAAAAACCGAAAACAACAACAGCGAAAAUUCCACAAAAUUCUGCCGCAGCUUCAUCAACGACAGGUGACAACUUCAUCAAUCGUUCGCAUAAAAGCGAAUUCUCUGUCGAGGAAGUUCAGCCUUCAACUGCCAGACACCAUCAACAAUUGCUGCAGCAGCAGCAACAACAGCACCGACCACGUAAAGUUGUGCGCAAAACAUUUACGCGUCAUCAUCAUCCACAACAACAACAGCAACACCACCAUCACACCUCAUAUCCAUUGAUGACGAAUGACGAACCCGCAGACAGUAUGGAGGCUUUGGAUUCGGAGAACAGUGCCUCAACAAAUGUGGUUCAAAAUGUCUUAGCUUCUCCGUCGCAGGGCUCCGGCACACCAUUACGCUCGACAUCGACAGUUACAACCAUGUUCCACAGUGGUCAACAUAACGUGUCCAUUAAUCACGCCAUGUCUAAGUCACCACUACCACCAUCGGCAGCAGCACAUCAAACAAAUGUCGACGAUGUUGACAUUUCCAAAGACCUAAAUGAUCAACAGCACUCGGCUACUGGUGUUGAUGAUCAAUUGUUGCCAUUUCAAACGGUAAUUUAUCAUGACACCAAGAACGGUGGCGGCGGCAGCAGUCAUGGUCCACAGUCACGUUCUAUUUCGUAUUCGUCCAUUUCACAAAAUGUCGAAGAUCUAAAGAAAUGGCAUCAGUCGGACAUCUUGGCCGAGGCUCGUCGUAAUGUCAGCGAAAGUCUGAAACCCUUGCCACCGUUACAUCAAUCCGAACCGGCGAAAUUUUAUUCCCAACCUUCGAAAAUGUAUAGCGAACCAUCGAAAUUCUAUUCAGAACCCUCAAAGGUCUAUUCGGAACCGGCCAAAGUCUAUGGUGAACCGGAGAAAUUUUAUUCAGAGCCGGCCAAAGUUUAUGGUCAACCAUCGAAAUUUUAUAGUGAACCUUCCAAGGUAUAUUCGGAACCAGCAAAAAUGUAUGGCGAACCGGCGAAAACAUAUUGGCCCAUAACAGUUACCACCACGCCAAAGCCGGCACCGCUUAGUACCAUUCCACCAAUUGCCGCAACAAAUUUACCACAAUUAAUCGCCACCACCACAACCCCAUCUCCUCUUGGUCUUGGUUAUCCAGCAUCACGUAAGCCAGCAGCCAUAGUUUCACGUAUUGCCUUUGGUGAAGCCCAAACGAAUACUGCAUCCACAUCGACGACCAGUACCACAACCACCACCUCGACAACUCCAGCUACAACCCACAUACCCAUAACCAGCACAAUAAAAUCAUCAUUUGGUGGUAGCUUCCAUCAACGCACCUUUGGUCAUCGUCAACCACCUACGGGCAUUUCGGAGACCACAACUCCGCCACGUCGUAUACUCUUCAAUUUGGAUCGUUUGCCAUAUGAUUUGCUGAAUGCACCACAACCUGCUGCCACACCACAGCCGGCACCGACACAUUUGGAAUUGCCGCAACAGCCGGCAUUAACAUACCAGCAACAGCAGCAACAACAUCUACAAAGACAACAACAACAGCAGUCGCAUCAGCAGCAACAACAACCCCAGCGUCAUCAUAACAUUAAUCCAUGCUUGGAGUCGGCUGUUACUUCACUAUUUUCAUCAGCCACAUUAUCUGCUCAUCCAGCAUUAAUAAAACAACGCCAACAACAUUCAUCAUUGUCAGAUCAACAACAUUCUAAUCAAAAUGCCAAAGGAUUGCCCAACGAAGAUCUAGUCAGAUGUGUUGCUGAAAUAUCAAAUCCUGCCAUUCCAUCGACUGGAACAGCAGAUGAUACCCCCGGCCUAUCGUACACUACCGAACGUAGUAACAUUGAAGAGCUUUUUACGCCGACCCCAGAGCAAAAUUACGAAAUAGAAGAAUCAGCAAGUGUAAUGACAAAUGGGCGAGCCCAUGGCGUACAAGGUGGCAGCGGUGGUGGUGGUGGGGCUGGUAGGAAUAGUUUAACACUACCAACACCACAACCUGGUGCGCAUACAUUCCAAACGAAUAAGCAACGAAUUCAUAUCGGUACCAAUAUUAAUGCCGGUGUAGUGGGUGGUGUUGGUACAGAUAGUGGUAACAGUGGUGUGGGUUAUCAACAUUCAUCGUUUACUGGCCAAACAAAUGCUAAUGGAGAUGCUGCCCUAAGUCAUGCUCAUAGAAAUUUACACGGUGAUGGCAAUCCUAGUCCAGACUAUAACGCAUAUGAUGAUGGUGGUGGUGGUGAAGGAGGAGGAGAUACGGAUGACUACACUGACACCGAUGACACUGGUCAUCAUCGGGCACCAGGUUCAGCCAACGAUGGUGAUGGCAAAGUUGCUUAUGUUGUAGAGGGACGCAAUUAUCGUAAAUAUCGUGUGGAAACCAAAACCGAUGAUGGUUACAUUGUUGGAGAAUACGGUGUGGUUCAUCAUGACGAUGGAAAUCUACGUGGUGUGCGUUAUACAGCCGAUAUAAAUAAUACAAAUCGAAGUCUUAUACAAAAAGCUUUGUUGACAUUUUUGAAACUGUAA